GGAAAGCUCAGGCAGAAGGUGGAUCAGCUCGGAUGUCACUUCUUAUUUUAAUGUCUGUCUUCCUGUCAGCUGCUUUCCUUAUGUUCCUGGUAUAUAAAAAUUUCCCACAACUUAGUGAAGAAGAAAGAGAAUGUAUAAAAGUUCCUAGAGAUAUGGAUGAUGCAAAAGCCUUGGGAAAAGUCCUGUCCAAGUAUAAGGACACAUUUUAUGUUCAAGUAUUAGUGGCUUAUUUUGCCACAUACGUUUUCUUGCAGACAUUUGCUAUUCCUGGGUCUAUAUUUCUCAGUAUCCUGUCUGGGUUUCUUUAUCCCUUUCCACUGGCCUUAUUUCUUGUUUGUCUGUGCUCAGGACUUGGAGCUUCAUUCUGCUAUAUGCUUUCAUACCUGGUGGGACGUCCUGUUGUAUACAGAUAUUUUACAGAAAAAGCAGUAAAGUGGUCAGAACAGGUUGAACGACAAAGAGAACACCUCAUUAACUACAUAAUAUUUCUGCGAAUAACACCUUUCCUUCCCAAUUGGUUUAUCAACAUAACAUCUCCUGUAGUUAAUGUGCCAUUAAAAGUAUUUUUCAUUGGCACUUUUCUAGGUGUGGCACCACCGUCUUUUGUAGCCAUUAAGGCAGGAACAACGCUAUACCAACUUACAACAGCAGGGGAAGCUGUUUCCUGGAACUCUGUUUUUGUUCUCAUGGUUCUAGCCAUCCUCUCCAUCCUACCAGCUGUCUUCCAGAAAAAACUGAAACAGAAGUUUGAAUAAGGAUCAGACUGGACCAGAAUUUCCCAUACUUCAUCUCAGGAUCAGCACUUCUGAUACUUGUAUAUUUGCUUUUCUAUUGGAUCUUAAGCAAUUGAAGGGGAGGCUUGUAAUUGAUAAUAGUGUCUUUAAAUGAACGUGUGACCUAAAAUUGAAGGAACUGCAUUCAGAAAUGUAUUGCGUCUAGUUUUGUAACCAAACCAUCAGUGUUUUCUUUGGGAGGGUGUGUGUGGCCCUCAGGAUGAGGGAAGUGAAAACACAGAUGUAACAUUUUGCUCUGAUUGUAUGCAGAGCAAAAAUUGUAAUGUAGACAUAAACU